AUGGACGAUAUCAACGUUCCUUUCGUCGAAGUACACUACGUUUCUAUUCAAAAGUUAGGAGAUAUUCCAGUAAUUAAAGGUGAUUUUCAUUCACUUCCAAAUACGGUACAAAAAUGGAUUGCCCAAAUGGUACAAUUGUGUACACCACGAGGUGUAUAUAUUUGUGAUGGAUCUGAAGAAGAAGCUGAUAUGGUAACACAUAAACUUCUCGAACGUGGUACACUAACAAAGUUAGAGAAAUAUGAAAAUAAUUAUAUUUGUUGGACUGAUCCUCGAGAUGUUGCUCGUGUUGAAUCAAAAACAUUUAUUGUUACUGAUGAGAAAUAUGCAUCUGUACCACAUUCACGUGAAGGUGCUAACUGUGUUCUUGGUAUUUGGAUGUCGCCGGCGGAAAUGAAAAAGGAACUUGACGAUCGACUUCCAGGAUGUAUGGCUGGACGCAUGCUUUACGUUAUUCCAUUUAGUAUGGGGCCGAUUGGUUCACCAUUAAGUAAAAUUGGUGUACAAGUAACCGAUUCGAAUUAUGUUUUACUUUCAAUGCGAAUUAUGACUCGCGUUUCAUCGGAAAUCUGGUCUCAUCUUAAACAUGAUGAAGAAUUUGUGAAAUGUCUUCAUUCCAUGGGUUGUCCUCGUCCACAUGCGCAAAAAGUUGUUAACAAUUGGCCAUGCAAUCCAGAAAAAACGCUUAUCGUUCAUUUUCCCGAUAUUCGUAAAGUAAUUAGUUAUGGUUCUGGUUACGGUGGCAAUAGUUUACUUGGUAAAAAAUGUUUUGCUUUACGUAUUGCUGGCCGCAUCGCAUACGAUGAAGGAUGGUUUGCUGAACAUAUGUUAAUUAUGUCAAUAACAAAUCCAAAGGGCGAAGAAAAAUUUGUUGCUGCUUCGUUUCCAUCAGCAUGUGGUAAAACAAAUUUAGCUAUGUUAAUGCCCACCAUGCCUGGUUAUACCAUUAAAUGUGUUGGUGAUGAUAUUGCAUGGAUGAGAUUCGAUAAAGAAACUGGUGAAUUACGUGCUAUCAAUCCAGAAGCUGGAUUUUUUGGUGUUGCACCUGGUACAAACAUGAAAACAAAUCCUAAUGCCAUGUUAACUUGUAUGAAAAAUUCUAUAUUUACAAAUGUCGGUGAAACUGCUGAUGGCGGAUUCUUCUGGGAAGGUCUUGAAGAUGAAACACCCGCUGGCACAGAAAUUUUAUCGUGGACAGGUGAACGAUAUAAAUUAGGUGAAGAUAAAACAAAAAAAUCAAGUCAUCCAAAUGCACGAUUCUGUUGUCCAGCUCGACAAUGUCCAAUUAUUCAUAGUAAAUGGGAAGAUCCAGCUGGCGUGCCUAUUUCAGCUAUUAUAUUUGGUGGACGAAGACCUGAAGGUGUUCCAUUGGUUAUUGAAGCAUUCGAUUGGAAACACGGUGUUUUUCUUGCUUCACAACUUAAAUCUGAAACAACAGCUGCUGCUGAACAUACAGGCAAACAAGUUAUGCACGAUCCAUUUGCUAUGCGACCAUUCGUUGGUUAUAACUUCGGGCGUUAUAUUCAACAUUGGCUUGAUUUCGAAAAGGAUCCAAAGAAUAAAUUACCUAAAAUCUUUCAUGUCAACUGGUUUCGUUUGGAUGAAAAUAAGAAAUUUCUUUGGCCUGGAUUUGGUGAUAACAUCCGUGUACUUGAUUGGAUUAUUCGAAGAACUAACGGUGAAGAUAUUGCUGAUGUUUCGCCAGUUGGUUUAUUACCAAAGAAAGGUUCAAUUAAUCUCGAUGGUCUUUCGGUUGAUUGGGAUAAAUUACUUAGUAUACCAAAAGAUUAUUGGUUAAGCGAUAUUGAAGAAACAUACAAAUGGCUCGAUGACCAAAUGGGCGAUGAUUUACCACAGGAAAUUCGUGCACAAAUUGAAAAACAAAAACAACGUUUGGCCGAAACAAAAUAA